AUGAAGAUGACCCCCCUCAUCCUGCUUAUUCUCGGGGUGUCAGGAGUGUAUUGUGACACUCACUCUUUGAGGUAUUAUGAAACCGCAGUCUCCUCUCCGGGAUCCGGACUUCCUGUGUACUCUGUAGUCGGAUAUCUGGAUGAUCGGGAGAUAGAGAAUUAUAACAGUGACACUCGUCAGUAUCUUCCCAAAACUGAGUGGAUGAAGAAAGCGGGAUCUGACUACUGGGAGAGAAACACAAAACAAAAUCAGAACAAUGAGCCCGUGUACAAGCAUGGUGUGCAGAUACUGAUGAGCCGAUUCAACCAGACUGGAGGGAUCCAUACCUGGCAGGAGAUGUACGGCUGUGAGCUGAGAGAUGACGGCACCACUGACGGGUAUUUCCAGCACGGAUAUGACGGGAGAGAGUUCUUGUAUCUGGACACAAAGAGAGCUCAAUGGAUCCCAACCAUGAACGAGGCUCAGAUCUCCACACAGAGAUGGAACAGUCCGGAGGAGAGAGUGGGGGAGAGAUGGAAGAAUUAUCUGGAGAAUCGAUGUAUAGAGGAGCUCAAACAAUUCAUCGGGUACGGGAGAGAAGAUCUGGAGAAGAGAGUGCGUCCAGAGGUGAAGGUGUGGGGCUGUCAGUCAGAAGGGGUAACAAGACUUCAGUGCCUGGUGUACGGGUUCCGCCCCCGAGCUGUGCAUGUGAGAUGGAUGAAGAAUGGAGUAGAUGAUGUUCCUUCAGAUGAAAUGAGUCCGAUUCUUCCCCAUCCUGACGGCACCUAUCAGAUCAGAGUCAGUGCGGAAGUACCAACAAGGGAGGAAGACACUUACUCCUGUCAUGUGGAUCACAGCAGUCUGGAGGCGACUCUCAGUGUGAAAUGGGAUCCCAGCGCAGAGUCUAAGGACAAUAAGAAUAUAAUUAUCAUUGUUAUGGUUGUUGCGGUUGUUGCUGCAGCGCUGAUUAUCGGUGCUGUUAUUGGAUUCAUCAUAUACAGGAAACGCUCAGUCCCAGGGAAGCCACCCGGUAAUGGUAAUAUUUAUGUUCCAGCUCCCAAAUGACAAUUGUCUGAAGAUCAUCAACAAG